AUUCAGCCUGGGAAUCUCCUCCCGCUCCACGGCAACGAUCAGCUGACAAACGCAGACACGUGGGCCAGGUUAACACCGCGCAGAUACGGCACACGGAACACACGACGGAAGAAACGACGAACGGCGAAGCUGAGCGUGGGGUGCCUGAGGAUCAGCUCUCUCGCCGUGGCCAGACCCACGAUGCCUCCUCCCACAAUCGCCACAUCGUAUGAGCUGAAAGGACAAACGAGCCGCACCGUCACUGAACACCGCGGGGUAGCGGUCAGCACGUUGUCCCGUGCGUACAACCAGGGGGCGAAACUAUGAGGCUGUUGACAAAGGCUUCACAGGGCUUGAAUGCCUUACAGAAAUCUCCGUCACUAGGAGGCAGCAGACAAUUCUGGGGAUGGCUCAAUGCUGUGUUCAACAAGGUGGACUAUGAACGGAUAAAAGCGGUGGGCCCGGAUCGUGCAGCCUCCGAGUGGCUGCUACGCUGUGGGGCCAAGGUGCGGUUCCAGGGCUUUGACCGCUGGCAGCACGACUACAACGCGCUUCCCACCGGCCCCCUGGGAAAGUAUAAGAUCCAAGCCAUCAACGCCAUGGAGUCCUGUAUCAUGUACCGGGGGUUCGACCACUUGGACGGUCUGGAACAUUUAGAAGAGAUGAAGUUCAACAGGUGCAUCUACAUAGAGGACACGUGUAUGGAGAGGCUGAGCCAGAUAGAAAACCUGCAGGCCAGCCUGCGCAGGGUCGAGCUGGUGUCCUGCGGCAACGUGACCGACAAGGGAGUCAUCGCCCUCCACCGUCUCAGGAAUCUGGAGCGCCUGUUUCUCAGCGACCUGCCAGGCAUUAAGGAGACGGAGAAGACGGUGGAGAGACUGCAGGCAGCCCUGCCGAAGCUGACCAUUGAGCUCGACCUGCUAUGACUGGGUCAGUGUUCCAGGGUCGAGGUGGUCCCCAUGGCAACAUGAGCAUUCAGACAGAAGGAACUGUUGUGUUCUUGCAUAGGGAAUUUAAGGCUGCCUCACCGUUGUGUGUGUGUGAAGCUUUGGAAAAUGUGGGGGUUUUUUUUCCUACAAGAUGGGCAACUGGACCACCUGAGGUUCAGAACUGCUAUAAUCUGAAGACGGCAACAUUUGGAAGAUGCAAACAAAGCACUACAAACAAAUUCCUUUUAACGGCACUUUAUUCGAAUUGUCUGCCAAAAAAACAACAACAACAAAAAAACUGAUUUGUUUCCCCUACCAUUUAUUACCCUACCAGGUAUUAAAUAUUACUUCAUAGAAAAGUACAUCAAAAUACAGACACACUAUGUUUAUAUACACUUGUGCACACAAAGACAGUGGAGAUUUCCAGUGGUUCAUUGGUUAAGAAUUCAAAUUAUUAUUAUUUAUUUUUGUAAUAAUUUGGCAUUUGGUAAGAUAAAGAAGGAGAUGAAAUAACUAAAUACUCUUACAGUAGCACCAGUCUCCAGGAAAUAAUAUGUGUAUGAUGUAUGAUGUAAUAUGAUGUAUAUAUGAAAAUGAUAUGACCUCGCUUUUGUUGUUAUUGUUUACAUUGUACUGCUGCCAUCUUUUUUUUGACAUUCUUUUUAAAACUGUCUGGAGUAACAGUACGGUAGCUUGCAAUAAAAUUUGGGGAAAACUAUAAA